CGUCAAUUUUCCAAUUUGAGGUUACGAUUUUGUUUUUCAUAUUUGAUUUGUCAAUUGAUGGGAGAAUGAAUCCUAGGUAUAAUUGCAUAGUUCCUAAUUGCCAAGUGAGUUCAGAUCCCACCAUACCGAAGUUUCCGUUUCCCUGCGAUUUAGAUUUGGGACAAAAGUGGCUCAACUUAGUUUGCAGUCCCAUAUUAAGAAAUAUUCCUUAUCGUGAAAUUCGUGCUAGGCGAUUCAAAGUAUGUGCAGAACAUUUUGCAGAAAAUACCUGGUAUCCAACAACUGUAAGUAGUUCACUGAUUUCCGGUACUCUGCCCACUCUGAAAUUACCCGAUUCGCGAAACUGGCAACCAAUUCUUAUUCGCGAUAAAGAAAUAGAUUUAAAAAAUUUGAAAGGUGAGACAACAAUUGAUAAUACCUUUCCUGGGGAGUUCUCCUCAUCUUUCACCUAUUCGGACUCAUCGAGUAUUCAAAAUAUAAAAGAUUCACAAUUACCUAUUCGAGGGAGAGGUGAUAGUCUGAAAAUGGAAGAAUCGGCGUCUGAAGAGAAAAAUAAUCGAAGAAAAUAUAAGAAAAAAGCUGUAAAGAGGGAACCUGGUGUAGAAAGCACUUCCGGCUCAGAUUGGGAGGUGGAAAUUGUUCAGGGUGUUUCAAAACGGAGAAAGAAAGCCCGAUUCGAAUUAUCGGAUGACGAUUUUGAAAGUGUGGAAGAGACAACAGAUUUAAAUAUAGAAAGAAUUCCAUGUAAUUCGGAUGAUACUGAAAAGGAAACGGAUUAUGAAGGUUUCGAAGAAGUUUCAUCUGAUGAUUCAGCUAUAGAAACUAGAUCAAUAUUCAGGUAUGUGUACGCCGGAAAAGGAAGAAAUAAUGAGAAAAUAAAAAAUGAAACGAAUGAGAAAAUAAUUGAGUACACUUUUGGUGAAGCUGAAAGGGAUUCCACGAUAGAAACUGCACCGAUUUUAAGGAAUUUAUCUUCGAAAAAAGAAGCGAGUGAGGAAAAAUUAAUUUUAUAUACUUUUGGCGAAGCUAAAAAGGAUACAUCGAAAGAAACUGCACCGAGAAAAGAAACGGAUAAGGUGAAAAUAAUUAAAUAUGGUUUUGGUGAAGAUCAAAAGGAUUCCUCGAUAGAAACUACACCGAUUUUAAGGAAAUCGUCGAGACAAGAAGAGAGCAAGCAGAGAUUAGUUAAAUAUGCUUUUGGUGACGCUGAAUAUGAUUAUUCCGUGACAGAGCGUGUACCGACUUUAAGGAAAUCUUCGAGACAAAAAGCGAAUGUGGAGACGAAAAAAAAUGGAAAUAAGGAGACGAGAAAAAGGGAAAAUGAGGCGACGAUAAAGGAAGAAAAUGUGGAGACGAGAAAAGAAGAAAAUGUGGAGGCGGGAAAAAAAGGUAAUAGGGAGAUGAGAAAAAAAGAAAAUGAGGAGAAGAAGAUAAGUGAAUAUAUUUUUGGAGAAACUGAACGUGCUGAAUUAGUUGAUGUAGACCGUGAAAUAUAUGAUACAGAGAAAAAGAAAAUCAAAAGUCAGAUUUAUAAAACGACAUUAAAGUUCAAGAGGAAUAAUGUGGAAACUGGUAAAAUCGUAGAAGAUGUUUUUAUAAUAGAGCACACUUUUAUGUCUAAGUGUAGGAAAUGCCCGAAUCAUGAAAAUGACAGUGUUUCCGUAAUAAUGAAAAAAAUAAAGUCAGAAAGUAAUAUUUAGGAAUAUUAAACAGGAAUGUUUAUGUUAAUAUUUUUAGAUUUAUAGUAUGUGAAUACUGAUAUGAUAUUGAAUGUUUUCAUAAAUGAAACUUCUUGUAAAAAUAAAGUCAAAGAUUAUUAUAA